AAAGCAGAAAUUAUUCUCUGUCAUCAGCCCAAUUAUUAUUAUUCCCAUCAACAUUACACUACCCACUUCAUCUAAUUCACAACCAAACAUCAUCAAAGAAAGAGAAAAGAGAACUAUGAAGAGAAUUCCUCGCAUCAAAUUUCCUGAAAGACACCCAAAAUCCUCAACUUCAACUUCUGGCACCGAGACCCGAACAAAACCAUCAACGGGAAAUACAAACACUCGAAAGGUUUCAACAACAUCAAAGUCUGAUGUACCUGCACCACCCAGCUCCUUAGGAGUUGGAGGUAAAGCUUCACUUCAGCCUAAACGUGCACCAGUCACAAAGGAGGAGAUGGAAGCUAUCUUGUUGGGUGGCUGUGUCUAGAUUCGGUUUGGGAAGUUCUCAAAAGAAAGAUGCUGCUUUCUAAAACCUUCUGAGGCUGUUUGCUGUCUACAACCAUGAACAUAAGAAGACUUGAACUUUGCUGGAGCAUAUGGGAAGAAAGCCAACCAUCUGAAGAAUUAUAUUAUGAUGUGCUGAACUAUUAUAAUUACUGUCAAUUUAAUUAAAAGCUGUGACUUUUGUCUUAUUGAAGUGUUAGCGAUGUUCUUAAUUGCAGUGCAUGUAACAUAAAUUGAAAAUCAUUACUGAACUCACAUGCUAAUUCAA